UCUGCUGGGAAGAGAGAGAAGCAGCUGUAAAAGAGGUAGAGAGCAGCCAGCAGAAUCACGGCGUUGGGCAAAGGCACCGCGCAAAGCCAACAGCGACCCACUGAACUGCAUAGGAAACCCAACCACAGCUUUGUCUCCAGCACAAAACCACUCUGCCAAGGCACCCAGCAAGGAUGGCAGCAAACCUUUGUCCCUAUGGGUCCCAACGUGUCUCUAUGGGUCUCAAUGUGUCUCUAUGGGUCCCAACGGGUCUCUAUGGGUCCCAACGGGUCUCUAUGGGUCCCAAUGUGUCUCUAUGGGUCUCAAUGUGUCUCUAUGGGUCCCAACGUGUCUCUAUGGGUCCCAACGUGUCCCUAUGGGUCCCAACGUGUCUCUAUGGGUCCCAACGUGUCUCCAUGGGUCCCAACGUGUCUCUAUGGGUCCCAACAUGUCCCUAUGGGUCCCAACAUGUCCCUAUGGGUCCCAACGUGUCUCUAUGGGUCCCAACGUGUCCCUAUGGGUCCCAACGUGUCUCUAUGGGUCCCAACGUGUCUCCAUGGGUCCCAACGUGUCUCUAUGGGUCCCAACGUGUCCCUAUGGGUCCCAACGUGUCCCUAUGGGUCCCAAUGCGUCUCUAUGGGUCCCAACGUGUCCCUAUGGGUCCCAAUGUGUCUCUAUGGGUCUCAAUGUGUCUCUAUGGGUCUCAAUGUGUCCCUAUGGGUCCCAAUGUGUCUCUAUGGGUCCCAAAGGGUCCCAAUGUGUCUCUAUGGGUCCCAAUGUGUCUCUAUGGGUCUCAAUGUGUCUCUAUGGGUCCCAACAUGUCUCUAUGGGUCCCAAUGGGUCCCAACGUGUCUCUAUGGGUCCCAACGUGUCUCUAUGGACCUCAUUGCUCUCUAUAACUUCCUGAAGGGAGGCUGCAGGGAGCUGGGGGUCGGCCUCUGCUCUCGUGCCAUCAGUGAUGGGAGCAGAGGGAAUGGCUUCAAGCUGCGGCAGGGGAGAUUCAGGCUGGACACGAGGAAGUAUUGCUUGUCAGAAAGGGUGGUCAGGCACUGCAAUGGAUGCCCAGGGAGGUGGGGAGGCACCGAGCCUGGGGGUGUUCAAGGCAAGGCUGGAUGCUGUGCUGAGGGACGGGGUUUGGUGGGAGCUGUUGGGAAUGGGGGAACGGUUGGACUGGGGGAGCUUGGAGGUCUUUUCCAACCUUGGUGAUUCUAUGAUUCUAUGAUUCUAUGAUUCUAUGAUUCUAUGAUCCUAUGAUCCUAUGAUCCUAUGAUCCUAUGA